AUGUCUGAAAGUGAAAUUUCAUUUGAUUUCAACGAGGAUGAUCCUGUAGAGGAAGUCAAGUCAUCUUACCUGUAAACCAAACCAGAGGGAUAAAUUAUGUCAUUUACUAAAAGUGAUAAGAAGGACAAAAAAGAAAAGUUAAAGCAAUUACAAUUUACUAUGCAAGGGUAGAAUUCUAGCAAACAGCAAAUGACAAAGGAUUUGUUAUUUCUAUUAAAAUUUGAAUAGCAUAUGUUGAGCUCAAUUAAUAGUUUGCAUUAGAGGAUUAUGAGAUCUUUAGAAACUGAAGCUCCUGGGAAUUGA